CGAGGUUACGUCAUCUGCGCUGUAUGAGUUCUAGCUAGGCUAACAGAUGGCGGUUGUGCGAGCUGCUCGUCCAAUACAAGAGUGACGGAAUACAAACAGAAUAGUGGACUUUACUAAAGUUGAUCGUUUGAUGGCUAUCGAAGAGAAACCGCAGCUGAUUUAACUAAAUCAAGCAACACGGCGUUGGAGUUCUGUCUUUUCGUGUGUGUGUGGCGGUUUUUACACGGAAGGCCUCAGAAGCCUCGGGCUGAAUUUUAGCUAACUCAAGAGGCCAUCUGGAACUAUUUGGAAAGUCACGUAAAAACUCUUAACUGAACCGUGUGGCAUUUGAGCAUUGCUUUGUUUCAUCCAUAUAAGACAAAUUGAUGCCUUACAUCUUAGAAAGUUGUCGAACUAGUUAGCUCGGUAGCUCCAAUGCUAGGUAGCUGACUCGGAGCAGAAUGAAUGAAUGAGGGCAACAAGCUGAAUUUAUAACGCACUCUUCCACAAAAUCAUCGCCUUUAUCCGAGGAGGAAACAUUCCAAGUAGGCUGAGCCUUCUCGGCUGAAUAUUCUUGGGAGUGCCCCGCCGCUGCUUCCCCGCAAAUGGCCAAGGAAUGCCAUCGCCGGGAGUUGGCGGACGGAGGCUGUUUAGCAUAACGAGCUAAUGCUAUGCUAAUACUGAGUGUAGCCUGGAGUGAACAGCCAGCUAGCUAGCGAGCUAACUAGCUAGCUACAACUAUUUGCACCACUUGGACACUGAGCACACAGGCGGCCCGGGAUGGGAAACACCGUGUCAUGUUGUGUCUCCCCGGAAUCGAGUCCCAAACUGCCGUCGCGGCAGCCGGCGGAGCGGCUAGAGGAGUUUCUGACCAGCACGGAAGUGAGCGACGACAACAGCGCCCCCUACCUGCAACACAUCAGCGACAGAGAAGUCCCUGACGAGCUGGCUUUGGAGUCCAACCCAUCGGACCACGCCCGAGCAAGCACCAUCUUCCUGAGCAAGUCCCAGACAGACGUGCGUGACAGGAGGAAAAGCAACCACAUAAACCACAUCAGCCACGUGUCUCCCGGUCCGCUGUCAAAGAAGUACAGCUCGUGUUCCACCAUCUUCAUCGACGACAGCACCGUCAGCCAACCCAACCUCAAAAGCACAAUCAAAUGUGUCACUUUAGCCAUCUACUACCACAUAAAGAACAGGGACUCAGACAGGUCAUUGGACAUCUUUGAUGAGAAGAUGCACCCUUUAUCAAGAGAACCAGUGCCAGAUGACUACUUGCACAUCGACCCGGAGCACAAAGUCAUCUACCGUUUUGUCAGAACACUCUUUAGUGCUGCGCAACUCACGGCUGAAUGUGCCAUUGUUACUCUUGUCUACCUGGAGCGGCUGCUGACCUACGCUGAGCUGGACAUCUGCCCCGCUAACUGGAAGCGCAUCGUGCUGGGAGCCAUCCUACUGGCCUCCAAAGUGUGGGACGACCAGGCCGUGUGGAAUGUCGACUACUGCCAGAUCCUGAAGGACAUCACCGUGGAGGACAUGAACGAGAUGGAGCGGCACUUCCUGGAACUCCUCCAGUUCAACAUCAACGUCCCCGCCAGCGUCUACGCCAAGUACUACUUUGACCUACGCCAGCUGGCCGAUGACAACAACCUCAGCUUCCCCCUGGAGCCGCUCAACAACCAGCGGGCCCAGAAACUGGAGGCUAUCUCCAGACUGUGUGAAGACAAGUACAAGGACCUGAGCCGAGCAGCCAUGAGACGCUCGCUCAGCGCCGACAACCUGAUCGGCAUACGACGCUCCAACGCCGUGCUCUCUUAGGCCCCGACACGCGACUGCUCUCCAAAGCGAAGCUGAGAGUCACACGACCACACGACGCUGUGUCCGUGUUGUUUCUGCAAGUCUCAAAUCAGAAGUGAGGCGUGAACUCUAAUGCAACUCGCAACGAUUGUUUUAUACGUUUAUUUAUACGCAACUCACCCUCAUUACAUGACUCCAAGCAACAGGUUUUCUAAUUUUAUUUUAGUUGAAAAAGAAUGCCUCAUAGUAAUUAAAAGACAGUAAGUGGAAGGUGUUUUCUUGAACCACAUCAUUAAUAAUUAAGAGGAUGCAACAGAACAUUCUGGGUCUUUAUGUUCACAGUGUUGCUAUUAUUUCUGUUGCCAUCUUAGUUAAGACUUGAUGUGUUACAUCAGAUAACCUAGUUUGUUCAAAUAACACUUCUGAUGUUUGAUCAUGUGUGAGUCAAGCCUGUGGAUGCUGCACCUAAGAACAGUUCAGAAGAAAAGCUCCGCCCAUCACCACUGCUAAUGUGAGGGCUCGCUUUUUGACGUCUCGUCCGCAUUAUGGACCAGGAUGGAUCUUACUACUGAAAGAAUGACAAUGAAAGAAGCUUAAGUCCACUCUCAGUAUUGUAACCCCCUCUCCCUCCUGCUUUCAUUUACUUUCAUCACUGAACAAAUUACAUACUUGUAGAAUCCUACUGAGGGGACUAAACGCAACAAAAACGAUGGUUGGUCUUGCUUACUGUGUAGGCUACUAGCUGUGAAAUGUGUCGUUUUUAAAUGGAAACCCAUUUGCAAAUGGAGUAUUUUAAAUAAACACUAAUCAUGUA